GGUUGGGUUUUGAAGAAAACAUCUCUUAUCGGAAGUUGAACGGGUUUGAAGGAUUUAAAUUGCAUGGACCAAGAAGAUUCGGCGUCUAUGACAGUCCGAUAAAUGGUCUUUCUUCGAUCUGACAAAAAAAUUAUAUUUAAAUUCCGGCGAAUCAAACAAUUCUAGUCAAGUAAUCUCGGUAAAGAUGGAAGGCAGCCUCAAGUGGGAAUCAAUCUGCCCAGAUGAUGUAGACUGUAUCCAUGGAUUCUACGAGGCCUGAGUUCGAAUCCGUCUACACUUAGAUUAUUACAGUGCGUGGCCACUGGAACUUUCACAUUCUUUAUGUGAAUUGAUUUACCAUUUUCUUUUACUGGUGGAAACUGCGACAUCAGAUCCCCUCCCGCACGGUGGCGCGUGAACCAGUUCGAUAGCAUGCGUGUCUUGGGCUUAAUUAUUUAGUCGGGUUUGCCAUGGGGAUGGGUUUUGAUUGUACACUUGUAUUGCCAAGUUGGGCUUUAAUGAAAUUCAAAGUCUGAGAAAAAAAAAAAUCUAGCCUUCUUUUGAUCUAGUGGCCGCGAAUUCCCUCCGUGCUCCUGCUCUCACAUCUUUCGGGUCACCUGUUAUAUCGUCGCCGUAGAAGUGAUGGAGUCACCUAGAGAUGGGAAGUCUAAUUUCGCCAAAGAGCUUUACGGCGAAAGUUUGGAGGUUUCAAAACCUGGAACAGAAUCAUCUCUUGCUUUAGGUAAUCUUGAGAAUGGAGAUGGAUCCUUUUAUGGAAGUUCAGAUGAAGAACCAAGUGAAGCUUACUCUAUGAAAAAGGAUACUGAGAACAGACGUGAAAAAUUCCACAUGCUUGGAUACCGUGAUGGGAUUUCUGCUGGUCAAGAAGCUGCUGCUCAAGAAGGUUAUAAUGUCGGCUAUAAGGAAUCAGUUCUUGCUGGCUACAAGUUUGGUAUUGUUAGAGGUGUUUCCAGUGCGCUGGCCUUUCUCCCAGAUGAGCUAAGAGAAAAGGUGAUCGAUGAACAAGAAACUCGAGACAAGUUUAAGAAAUUACACAGUUCUGUGCAUGCUCUCUCAACUGAAACCGCAUUGAAACUGUUUUAUGGAGCUUUGACUACAAAGCAAGGGGAAGAGAAGAGUGGAGAAGAAGGGCCUGGCUCUAGUCUUGGUUCUGGUUCUGGUUCUGGUUCUGGCUCUGGCUGUGUUUCAGCCACAAAUGACUUGGGAAGCUAUGUUACUGAGCUAAGCUCUCUUCUUGACAAAUCUCCUAAGAUUAAAGUUAGAUUGGACGCAUACACAGCUUGCUUCAAAUCUGCUUCUCCUCUGCCAUUAAAUAUGCCUCAAUAUAGACAAUCCGGAACCGAUAGAUUCAGCGUUCGCGGAGGCUCAGCGUCUGAUCACGUAGCGAUCGGGAUCCGAAACGGUGUCGGAGGAGGAGCGACUCAGCAUCACGGGAAGACUAACCGUUGGAGGCGAUCCGUUCGACCUGAGAGGAUUCGUCGCCUUGGAAUCGGCACUGCUGUCUUCGUUCUCUGCCUUGUGCUCGUCGUCACUGUGCUAGCCUACUAUUACAUCUCUGGUUUCGCUAAUAAUGACUACGAUGAUAAUAAAGGAUUGGAUUCUUUCGAGGGUGAUUUCCUGACGAAUGUGACGAGAAUCGAGCCUGGGAAGGUGCUUGAGUUUGGUCACGGUUCAGUGGUUCAUGGACGAGACUCGAGGUAUUGGGAUAAGGAUGAUAGACGAAGGGAUGAUGACUACAAUGAAGAUGAAGUGGAGGAGCAUAAUAAACCUAAGGUUCCUGUCAAGGGUUUAGAUUCGAAAGGGAUGAUUGGUUUCUACAAUGAGGCUGGAAGGAACGAGUUAGACAAGUAUGAAGCAGAGUACCAAGCUUCCCUUGUCAAAGGUGUUGUUGGUGGAGGAGAUCACGAGGCUGUUGCUGUUGAUAUGGACCCUGAUGCUGAUGAUGCGAUUGAUUCUCAUGAUAGUCAAGGGGAUGAAUACGUUGAUUCUGGCCAUGACGAUGAUGAUAAUGACAAUGAAAAGCCCCACAAGGAGAAAUCUACCGAGGGAGAUACUUCAAAGAGAGAGUCUUCUCUUGUUGGGAAGGGUGGUAGUAAGUCCGGGAAAACAUCACGAUCUGAUACAAAACGAAGAGGUCGUGGUCGCAGAUCUUCAGCUUGUGAGAUGAAGCUAUUGAAUUCUAGUCAACCAAUUGUGGAGCCCUUGAAUACUCGGAAAUCUGCUAGAUUCUCCUUACAGUACGUAGAGAAUGAAGAUAAACCUGAUGGAGACGAACAGUGGGUGCCUAGGUUUGCUGGUCACCAGAGUUUACAGGAGCGUGAAGAUUCCUUCUUGGCUCAAGACAAGAAAAUUCAUUGUGGGUUUGUCAAAGCUCCCAAAGGAUCUCCAACCACUGGGUUUGAUCUGACAGAAGAUGAUACUAAUUAUAUCAGUAGAUGCCACAUCGCUGUGAUCUCAUGCAUAUUUGGCAAUUCUGAUCGCUUGAGGCCUCCUGCCAAUAAAAUGAUAAGUCGGUUGUCGAGAAAAAAUGUGUGCUUCAUUGUGUUCGUGGACGAGAUUACCAUGCAAACACUUUCUGCAGAAGGCCAUGCCCCAGACAGAGCAGGAUUCAUUGGUUUGUGGAAGUUGGUUGUUGUAAAGAAUCUGCCUUAUACAGAUAUGAGGAGGGUUGGCAAAAUACCAAAACUGUUGCCACACCGACUUUUCCCAUCAGCAAGGUACUCAAUCUGGCUGGACAGUAAGUUACGACUUCAGUUGGAUCCCCUACUCAUUCUGGAGUACUUCCUAUGGCGUAAAGGUCACGAGUAUGCCAUAUCAAAUCACUAUGACCGCCAUUGCUUAUGGGAAGAGGUUGCACAAAACAAGAAGCUGAACAAGUACAACCAUACUGUUAUUGAUCAACAGUUUGAGUUUUACAAGGCUGACGGGCUGACCAGAUUCAACGCUUCGGAUCCAUUCAAGCUUCUUCCUAGCAAUGUUCCAGAGGGGUCUUUUAUAGUAAGGGCACAUACUCCUAUGUCGAACCUAUUCUCAUGUCUUUGGUUCAACGAAGUGGAACGCUUCACUCCCCGUGACCAGCUGAGCUUUGCUUAUACUUACCAGAAACUAAGACGGAUGAAUCCUGACAAACCAUUUAAUCUUCACAUGUUCAAGGACUGCGAGAGAAGAAAGAUUGCGAAAUUGUUCCGUCACAGAUCAGAGGAGAAGCGAAACCUUAUACAAGCAGCACUACAACAAUAGAUGACCUGAGCUCCUUUUUUUUUCUUUUUAAUAUAUUACCUGUUGGGGUCAGUCUCUACUCCUAUAUUCACAGUGUCACUUGGAGAAAAGCUCUUUCGCAGUUCCUUUUUUGAAAAGCUCUUUGCUCCGAUGACUCUUAAGACUGCUUAAGUUGGAUCGAGUCUGUUGCUUGUGGCAAGAACCAGAGAAGGUAUACCAAAACAGUGUGAUGUGAUUUGUAGAGAGAUGUAGAAGAGUACUUGGAAAGAAGAAGAGGCUUUGAUUAAGAUUCUUGAGGGUCCUCGGUUUUUAUUCAAUUCAUUGCUUUGUUUUUGUCUGUGCCACUAUCAUAUCAUUCUCCAGGGUCCCCUUUCAAAGAUACUUGCAUUGAUUACAUUUUACUUUUUUGAGCCAAAGCAUAAACAAGAUAUGCUGAUAUUUCAUA